AAUGGGCGGGAGCCUCUCAUGCGGCCGGCGCCCGCCGCAGCCACCGCUGGGUCCUGGAGCCAGAGGCCGCCCGCGACAGAGCGCUAUGGACCGAGGGCCCCAGCCGGGGAGGCGCCGCGGCGGAGUCCGCGGCCAGACGCUCUCACACUAGCGCCCGCGCGAGCGCCGCUGUCCUGCGUGAGCUUCUGCGCGCCAAGGGCGGACUUGCACCCCGCCGGCCCCGCACUCGCAGCAGCCCCACAGCCCGCGCGCCGCCGCCGCCUUCCCGCCCGGGCCGCGCGGCCCGGGAAACGCGGCCGCGGGCUGCAUGGGCAGCGCCCGCGCCCCGCCGCCGUUCUGCCGCGGAACCGCGUCGCCCUCGGAGCCGGAAUAUAUUGCCCUGCUGGAGUUCAUACCUAGUCUUGAGCAACAUUGAUUUUUUUGCCAUGGAAUCUACAGUUGAUGACGAAGCAAUGGCAGCAUAAAUGAAGAUCAAGUAAGGGGAGGAGAACGAUGCCCAAGGGUGGGUGUUCUAAAACACCACAGCAAGAAGACUUUUCUCUCAGCAACGACAUGGUGGAGAAACAAACUGGGAAAAAGGAUAAAGAUAAAGUUUCUCUAACCAAGACUCCAAAGCUGGACCGCAGUGAUGGAGGGAAGGAGGUGAGAGAACGAGCCACCAAGAGGAAGCUGCCCUUCACUGUGGGGGCCAAUGGAGAGCAGAAAGACUCGGACACAGAGAAGCAGGGUCCUGAGCGGAAGCGGAUCAAGAAGGAGCCUGUUGCCCGAAAGUCCGGGCUACUAUUCGGCAUGGGGCUGUCUGGGAUCCGAGCUGGAUACCCUCUCUCUGAGCGUCAGCAGGUGGCUCUGCUCAUGCAGAUGACUGCUGAGGAGUCUGCAAAUAGCCCAGUAGACACAACACCAAAGCACCCCUCCCAGUCUACAGUGUGUCAGAAGGGGACCCCCAACUCUGCCUCAAAAACCAAAGAUAAGGUAAAUAAGAGAAACGAACGAGGAGAGACACGUCUGCAUCGAGCAGCCAUCAGGGGCGAUGCCCGGCGCAUCAAGGAGCUCAUCAGUGAAGGCGCAGAUGUCAAUGUCAAGGACUUUGCAGGCUGGACUGCACUGCAUGAGGCCUGUAACCGGGGCUAUUAUGACAUCGCCAAGCAGCUGUUAGCCGCUGGUGCAGAGGUGAACACUAAGGGGCUGGAUGACGACACGCCUUUGCACGAUGCCGCCAACAACGGGCACUACAAGGUGGUGAAGUUGUUGUUACGGUAUGGCGGAAACCCUCAACAAAGCAACAGGAAAGGCGAGACACCGUUGAAAGUAGCCAAUUCCCCAACGAUGGUGAAUCUCCUGUUAGGCAAAGGCACAUACACUUCCAGUGAGGAGAGCUCCACUGAGAGCUCUGAAGAGGAGGACGCCCCAUCAUUUGCACCUUCUAGCUCUGUCGAUGGCAAUAACACAGACUCUGAGUUUGAGAAAGGCCUCAAACUUAAGGCUAAGAAUCCAGAGCCCCAGAAAACUGUUACCCCUGUCAAGGACGAGUAUGAGUUUGAUGAGGAUGAUGAGCAGGACAGGGUUCCUCCAGUGGAUGACAAGCACUUGCUGAAGAAAGACUAUAGGAAAGAAACUAAGUCAAACAGUUUCAUUUCAAUACCCAAAAUGGAAGUUAAGAGUUACUCAAAAAACAACACGCUUGCACCAAAGAAGGCAGCCCAUCGCAUCUUGUCAGACACAUCAGAUGAAGAGGAUGUGAGUGUUGCCAUGGGGGCUGGAGAGAAACUGAGAUUGUCAGCACAUACAAUGCUACCUAGUAGUAAGGCACGAGAAUCUUCUAAUUCUAGGCAGCAAAAAGAAAAAAACAAAUUGAAAAAGAAGCGAAAGAAAGAAACAAAAGGAAAGGAAGUUCGGUUUGGAAAGAGGAAUGACAAAUUUUGUUCCUCUGGGUCAGAAAGUGAGUCCUCAGAGAGUGAUGAGGAUGAUGGGGACUCUGUGGGAAGCGCAGGCUGCCUCAAGGGGUCCCCUCUGGUGCUGAAGGACCCUUCCCUAUUUAGCUCACUGUCUGCCUCCUCCACCUCGUCUCAUGGUAGUGCUGCGGCCCAGAAACAUAGCUCUGGCCACACGGACCAGCACACUAAGCACUGGCGCACUGACAAUUGGAAAGCCAUUUCUUCCCCAGCCUGGUCUGAGGUCAGCUCUUUAUCAGACUCCUCAAGGACCGGACUGACCAGUGAGUCUGACUGCUCCUCCGAGGGUUCCAGUGUGGAAUCUCUGAAGCCCACAAGGAGGAAGCAGGAACACCGUAAAAGGGGUGGCCUACAGAGCAUGCCACCUGAGAAGAGAAGCACCUUCCACCCUUGUCCAGAUGGAGCUGUCCCCAAGAUGGACAAGGAAGGGAAAAUAGUCAAAAAACACAAAACAAAACACAAACAUAAAAACAAGGAGAAAGGACAAUGUUCAGUCAGCCAAGAACUUAAAUUGAAAAGCUUUACGUACGAGUAUGAGGACUCCAAACAAAAGCCAGAUAAGGCCAUCCUCUUAGAUAACGACAUUUCCACUGAAAAUAAGUUGAAAGUAUUGAAGCACGACAGAGACCAUUUUAAGAAAGAAGAUAAACUUGCUAAGAUGAAGUCAGAGGAUAAAGAGUGGCUCUUUAAGGAUGAAAAGGCACUAAAGAGAAUCAAGGAUAUGAACAAAGACAUCAACAGAUCAUUCCGGGAAGAAAAAGACCGUUCCAGUAAGGCAGAAAGGGAGAAGUCUACAAAGGAAAAGUCUCCCAAGGAGGAAAAACUGAGACUGUACAAAGAAGAAAGGAAGAAAAGGUCCAAAGACCGACCUUCCAAGUUAGAGAAGAAGAAUGACAUGAAAGAGGACAAGGUUUCCAAGGAGAAGGACAAGGCCUUCAAAGAGGACAAAGAAAAACUGAAAAAGGAAAAGGUGUACAGAGAAGAUGCUAAUUUUGAUGAAUAUUGUAACAAAAGUCAGUAUCUGGAGCAUGAGGACACCAAAUUCAGCCUUUCUGAUGACCAACAAGAGAGGUGGUUUUCUGACCUGUCAGAUUCCUCUUUUGAUUUCAAAGGAGAGGACAGCUGGGACUCUCCAGUGACAGACUAUAGGGACAUCAAGACUGACUCAGUGGCCAAACUUAUCCUGGAAACAGUCAAAGAAGAGAAUAAGGAAAAGAAGCGUGACAACAAAAUCCGAGAAAAGCGAGACUUCAGAGACUCUUUCUUCCGAAAGAAAGACAGGGACUAUCUAGACAAGAAUUCUGAGAAGAGGAGAGACCAAACAGAAAAGCAUAAAAGCAUCCCCAGCUAUCUCUCUGAGAAAGACAAGAAGAGGCGAGAAUCUGCUGAAGUGGCCCGGGACAGGAGGGAUACGCUAGAGGGCUCCCGGGAACGGAGGGAUGGGCGUAUGCGAUCUGAAGAGGUACACAGGGAGGACCUAAAGGAAUGUGGCUGUGAGAGCACCUUCAAGGACAAGUCAGACUGUGACUUCACCAAAAACCUGGAGCCCUGGGAACGGCCCCAUGCAGCUCGGGAAAAAGAGAAAAAGGAUGUCCUAGAAAAGGAGAGGAAGGACAAGGGCAGAACAGAAAAGUACAAAGACAAGUCCAGUGAGAGAGACAGGAGCGAGAAGUCUGUUCUCGAAAAGUGUCAGAAAGACAAAGAGUUUGAAAAAUGUUUUAAAGAGAAGAAAGAUAGCAAGGAAAAGCAUAAAGACAUACACAGCAAAGACAGGAAAGCUUCCCUUGACCAAAUGAGAGAGAAGAAGGAGAAGAUGUUCCCUAGCAUCAUUUCAGAAGACUUCUCAGAAAAAAAGGACGAUAAAAAGGGGAAGGAGAAGAGCUGGUACAUCGCAGACAUAUUCACAGAUGAAAGUGAAGACGAGAAAGAUGAUUACAUGACCAGCAGCUUCAAAGUUGGAGAGGCCAGCGACACACAGAGAGUGGACAGCCUCCAGGAGAAGGAAGAUGGAAGAGAACAUCCCUCAGAUAGGCACAGGAAGUCCUCUUCUGACAGGCAGCACACAGAGAAGCCAAGAGACAAAGAGCUCAAGGAAAAGAAGAAAGACAGAGGAGUUGCGGAAGGGGGCAAGGACAAGAAGGAAAAAAUCUUUGAGAAACACAAAGAAAAAAAAGAUAAAGAGUGUGCAGAAAAAUACAAGGACAGGAAAGACAGAGUUUCUGUCGACUCUGCUCAAGACAAGAAAAACAAACAGAAGCUCCCUGAAAAGAUUGAAAAGAAGCACUUUGCUGAAGACAAGGCCAAGAGUAAGCACAAAGAGAAGCCAGAGAAGGAGCACUCCAGAGAAAGAAAAUCUUCACGAGGCCCUGAAGUGGAGAAGAGCCUACUAGAGAAGCUGGAGGAAGAGGCUCUGCAUGACUACCGUGAAGACUCCAAUGACAAGAUCAGUGAAGUCUCCUCUGACAGUUUUGCUGACCACGGCCAGGAACCCAGCCUAAGCACACUUCUGGAGGUAUCCUUUUCUGAGCCACCACCAGAGGACAAGGCCAGGGAUAGUACCUGCCUCUCAGAGAAGUUGAGGGAGAAGGAGAGGCACAGGCAUUCCUCAUCAUCUUCUAAGAAAAGCCAUGAGCGUGAGAGAGCCAAGAAGGAAAAGGCGGAGAAGAAAGAAAAGAGUGAAGACUACAAGGACAGUAGCAGUGGCAUCAGGAAGGACUCCAACCAAUAUGAAAAAGACUUCUUAGAUACAGAAACUUAUGGGGUUUCUUACAACACAAAAGCUGACAUUGAAGAGGAACUAGAUAAAGCUAUUGAAUUGUUUUCUUCAGAAAAGAAAGACAGAACUGAUACUGAAAGAGAACCUGCAAAGAAAAUAGAAAAGGAACUAAAGCCGUAUGGGUCAAGUGCCAUCAGCAUGCUAAAAGAGAAGAAGAAGAGAGAGAAGCACAGAGAAAAGUGGAGGGAGGAGAAGGAGAAACACCGGGACAAGCAUGUAGAUGGGUUCUUGAGACAUCACAAGGAUGAGCCAAAGCCUGCAGCUAAAGAUAAGGACAACCCUCCCAACUCCUUUAAGGAGAAGUCUAGGGACGAAAACCUGAAGCUCAGCGAGACCAAGCUGAAGGAGAAAUUCAAGGAGAACACAGAGCGAGAAAAGGGCGAUCCCAUGAAGAUGAGCAAUGGGAAUGACAAGCUCCUGCCAUCUAGAGACUCAAGCAAGAAAGACAUCAGGCCCCGCGAGAAGCUCCUGGGAGAUGGCGAUCUCAUGAUGACAAGUUUUGAAAGGAUGCUAUCCCAGAAAGAUCUUGAGAUUGAGGAGCGGCACAAGCGGCACAAGGAACGCAUGAAACAGAUGGAGAAGAUGCGGCAUAGGUCUGGAGACCCCAAGCUCAAAGAGAAGAAACCCACAGAUGAUGGGCGCAAAAAGAGCCUGGACCUUCCUUCCAAGAAAGCUGUGGGCCUAGAUCCUCCUUUUAAAGACAAAAAGCUCAAGGAAUCGGCUCCCAUGCUGCCCACUGGUGAAAACAAGCCACACAAUGGACCAGGUACAGAGUCCAAAGACUGGCUAACUGGGCAACCCUUGAAGGAGGUUCUGCCUGCUUCACCCCGGACUGAGCAGGGCCGACCCACUGGGGUGCCUACCCCCACCUCAGUGGUGUCAUGCCCCAGCUAUGAGGAGGUGAUGCACACGCCCAGGACCCCAUCCUGCAGUGCUGAUGAUUACCCUGACCUGGUGUUUGACUGCACUGACUCCCAGCAUUCAAUGCCUGUCUCCACCACAUCCACCAGCGCCUGCUCUCCACCCUUUUUUGACAGGUUCUCUGUGGCUUCCAGUGUGGUUUCAGAAAACCCAGGCCAGACACCUACAAGGCCUGUCUCCACAAACCUGUAUCGCUCAAUCUCCGUGGAUAUCAGAAGGACCCCAGAAGAGGAAUUCAAUGUUGGGGACAAGCUGUUCAGGCAACAGAGUGUUCCUGCAGCCUCUAGUUUUGAUUCCCCAGUACAGCACUUAAUGGAAGAAAAGGCUCCUCUGCCACCUGUUCCUGCAGAGAAGUUUGCCUGCCUGUCCCCUGGGUACUACUCCCCAGAUUAUGGUAUCCCCUCACCCAAGGUGGACACUCUGCACUGUCCACCAACAGCUGUGGCCAGUGCCACACCACCCCCAGACAGCGUCUUCUCCAGCCUACCAGCAAAGUCUUCCCCUUCCCCAAGAGGUGAACUGUUGACCCCAGCCAUGGAAGGGUCCCUGCCCUCAGAUCUAGGCCUACCUCUGGAUGCCACAGAGGACCAGCAGGCCACAGCUGCCAUCCUUCCCCGAGAGCCCAGCUAUCUGGAGCCCCUGGAUGAGGGUCCCUUCAAUACGGUGAUUACCGAGGAACCUGUUGAGUGGACACACACUGCUGCAGAACAGGCCCUUUCUUCCACCCUUAUUGCUAGUGCCUCGGAAAACCCUGUCAGCUGGCCUGUGGGCUCUGAACUUCUGCUAAAGUCUCCACAGAGGUUUGCAGAAUCCCCAAAACAUUUCUGCGCUGGGGAGUCCCUCCAUUCCACCACCCCAGGGCCCUUCAGUGCUGCAGAGCCCACAUACCCCGUCUCUCCAGUCACUUACCCUCUGCCAGCCCCUGAGUCAGGCUUAGAGGAAGUCAAAGAUGGUGGGACAGGAGCAGUCCCAGUGGCCAUCUCUGCUGCAGAAGGGACUGCUCCUUACGCUGCUCCCGCCAGGAUGGAGUCCUUCUUUAGCAACUGUAAAUCACUCCCAGAUGCACCCCUGGACACAGCCCCCGAGCCUACAUGUGUAACUACUGUGGCUCAGGUAGAGGCUUUGGGACCCUUAGAGAGCAGCUUCCUAGACAGCAAUCAUAGUAUAUCUGCCCUCAGCCAGGUAGAACCAGUGCCAUGGCACGAAGCCUUUACCAGCCCUGAGGAUGACCUCGACCUGGGGCCUUUCUCACUGCCAGAGCUCCCUCUCCAGGCCAAAGAUACUUCAGAUGUUGAGGCAGAAGCUGUGGGGGGCAGUCCUGUUCCUCCAGUAGAGCGCUCUCCAGGCCCCACAGGGGUCCUCAGCAGUGGGGAGGUCUCUGCCUCAGCAGCUGAGGAACAACCAGUCCCACCUCCUGAGGAAACAUCACCUCAGCUCUCCACUGAGCCUGAGUCCUCGGAGGAACCAAAGCUGGAUGUAGUUCUAGAAGCUGCAGUGGAAACAGAGGUCCUGGCAGAUGAUAGUGCCCCUGAAGCUUCAGUCUCCAACUUGGUGCCGGCACCCAGUCCUCCUGAACAACAUCCCCUGGGAAGUGUUGAUGAAGAGACUGAGGCUGAAGAGGCUUCUGCUCCCUGCUGUGCACCUGAUGGCCCCACCACAGAUGGCUUGACACAGGCACAUAACAGUGCAGAGACCACCUGUGUUGUGGCUGCAGCUGAAGGGCCCCCAGGCAACAUUCAGCCAGAGGCUACAGACCCAGAGCCCAAACCUACAACUGAAGCCCCUAAGGCCCCCAAAGUGGAAGAAGUUCCUCAGCGCAUGACCAGAAACCGUGCCCAGAUGUUAGCAAGCCAGAGCAAGCAGAGCAUACUCCCAACAGAGAAGGAUCCAAUGCCUGCCCCAACCUCUAGAGCCAAGGGCCGUUCCUCUGAGGAGGAAGAUGCCCAGGCCCAACACCCCCGCAAGCGUCGUUUCCAACGUUCUAGUCAGCAGCUGCAGCAGCAGCUAAACACAUCCACCCAACAGACUCGGGAGGUCAUCCAGCAAACACUGGCCGCCAUUGUGGAUGCUAUAAAGCUAGAUGCCAUUGAGCCCUACCACAGCGACAGGUCCAACCCAUAUUUUGAGUACCUUCAAAUACGAAAGAAGAUUGAAGAGAAACGCAAGAUCCUCUGCUGCAUAACUCCGCAGGCACCCCAAUGCUAUGCUGAGUAUGUCACCUACACGGGGUCCUACCUCUUGGAUGGCAAGCCACUCAGCAAGCUGCACAUCCCUGUGAUCGCACCCCCUCCCUCCCUGGCGGAGCCCCUGAAGGAGCUGUUCAAGCAGCAAGAGGCUGUGCGGGGUAAGCUGCGCCUGCAGCACAGCAUAGAAAGGGAGAAGCUGAUUGUGUCCUGCGAGCAAGAGAUUCUUCGGGUUCACUGCCGUGCAGCCAGGACCAUUGCCAACCAGGCAGUACCAUUCAGUGCGUGCACAAUGCUGCUAGACUCUGAGGUUUAUAACAUGCCUCUAGAAAGCCAGGGUGAUGAGAACAAGUCUGUGCGGGAUCGCUUCAAUGCCCGACAGUUCAUCUCUUGGCUGCAGGACGUAGAUGACAAGUAUGACCGUAUGAAGACAUGUUUGCUGAUGCGACAGCAGCAUGAGGCUGCAGCCCUCAAUGCUGUGCAAAGGAUGGAGUGGCAGCUGAAGGCCCAGGAGCUGGACCCCGCUGGGCACAAGUCCCUGUGUGUAAAUGAGGUGCCAUCCUUCUACGUGCCCAUGGUUGACGUCAAUGAUGACUUCGUACUAUUGCCAGCAUGACAUUCAGAGGAAGGUCACAGGACACAAACAAGGGCCACAUAGGUCGCCCAGUGCUGCCGAUGAGUCCCGGCAGCGGAGGAGGGAGCACCACGUCCAUUAAGUGGGAGGAGCCCAGAGACUGCACCUGGCCACUUGUCUCCCGCUUCAGAUACCAGUGAGGCAGAAUGCAUCUCUUUUUACAGUUGCUGUGGGGAGCACAAGGCCUAGACACUGCAGAGCUUUGCCAGCCUUGGGACAAGGAGACCAUGGCCGCAGACAAGGUGGUUCUGUUCAGCCACACCCUCUGGGUUUUCUUGCAGCCAACGACAGGGCACUUGAGGAGUCACAGAACAGAGUGUGUUUUUUAAUUUCUCGUUCCAUUCUGAUCAACUAAUGGAAAAUAGACUAAGGCGUCAACCUCGCAUAAGCAGUGACCUCCAGGUCAAAGAGGCAGGAAAGUGCUGUCCCGCCACGGGUCCCCGGGACAGGCUUGGACACUGGUGCCGGCAAGGGUCUGGCUGCCACCUGCCUGGACACAGGGACGCAGCCAGGACUCUCCAAUAGUGUUUUUAAUGGAGUCAAAUCCAUGUGGUUUGUAUAUUUUUCCUUUAAUCUUGGGCAUUUUGUUUCUCUUUCUGAGAACGUAACUUGAAACACUACAGAGCCAAUAAUCCUAUAGAGUGUAUCCGCAAACCUGUACAGUUUUAUAUACAUUCACAAUGUACUUUUGCUGCCUUCUAGAUAAUUUAUUUUGCAACACAUUACUGCACAGUUGUAAAUAACUUAUGUACUGUAACAUCACUUUCAGUUAUGUGUAAAGAAAUAAAUAAAUUAAUUA